AUGCCGCGCAGAAAAGCCGCCGACCGUACGGGACCGGUGAAAACCCGGUCUCGUAGCGGCUGUCAAGAAUGCCGAGCUAGUCGAGUACGAUGUGACACCAAAAAGCCAAUCUGCACACGCUGCUGGGAGAAAGGAUUGACGUGCACCACCAACCUCGUGCUUAAAUGGGAGUCUGAGUUCGUCAGCCGUGGCGCGGCUUUCGGAAGAGCAGGAGUUUGGAAUAAAGCUAAAUCAGAUGGAUCUACUUCUGGAGCUGCAUCUCCUUAUUCUACAGGACUCUCACCAAAUGAAUUGCGCCAGUGGUGUCUCCUACCACAGAUCCAACAGUGGGCAUUCAUCAAUAGUGGAGUGGGAACAUAUGAGAACCCUAGCGAUGUGGAUGUUAUCUCGAACGAACAGAGCGAGGUUUCCCUUGUCUUUCGUAAUGUUACGAAUAAUCCGGCUCUCAUGACCACUUUUCGCUUUAAUCCUAUGCCAGCUCUAUCCUUAUUCCCGCAAGCUUCACAGGUCGGACAUGGGGAACUUCUUGACUAUUACCUUCAACAAGUCUGUCCUCGUACAAGCGCCAGUUCGACUAUGUCUUCUCCCUUUGCUUCUGUGAUUCUACCUUUCAGUGUAUCCGCUUCGCCUACGCUAUUCAAGGCCAUUCAAGCACUAGGUGCAUGUCAUAGGGCUCGAGCUGAUCCAUCGUAUGCUCCUGUUAGUCUUCGUUUGAAGUCUGAGACAUUAAGGGAUCUUCGCCGUCGUCUUUCGCACGAAGGCUCGUCAAUGUGCAGCGCAGAUCCCGAAGUUUUGGUGAUCAUGAUGAUGCUCUGCCUUUACGAGAUUACAGAUAAAUGCGAUCAACAAUGGACGAUACAUCUGAAGGGCGCUAAAGAUCUUAUUAGGCUAAGAAGACAACGUGCACUUGCAUUCCCUGAGGAAUCAAGCCUACUCGAACCUGCUUCUGCCUUUGCGGAGCAUUUCUUUGCUUUCCAAGAUGUCAUGGGACGGACCGCUUGUGCUAAAGAGGUGCUAUUUGGAAGCGAUUAUUGGAAAGCGGAUGAUCGCAGUAUAGAUCUGUGGAUGGGCUGUAGCCCUGAGUUGGUCUCUAUUCUUUCAACGAUUACCGAUAUGAGCCGAGCGCGAAGACACCUUGACUCCGAUUCUGUUCGAGAUACCUUCUACCUUGAAGCUAAAUCCAUUGAGCACCAACUCGAGCAUCUAGUUCAAGAAGUUGGAGACGAUGGCGAUGAAGAUGACGCACUGGCAUCCGCUGCAGAAGCUAAACGGCUCGCUGCUCUACUUUACCUACACUGUGGGCUAUAUGGGGCCAGUCCUACGACACCGUUAGUGGUUGAAUAUGUGCAUCAAAUUCUUCGAUUAUUGUCGGAGCAGUUAGAUCGCGGAUCUUUAGCCAGCGUGACAUGGCCUCUCUUUGUGGCAGCUGUUGAGCUCGAUCCAUCGCAUGACGAGCUCUGGUCUUCCCCCGAUGGCACAGUAUCUGGCAGGUCUAUCAUCCUGCGUGCCCUAUCAGCGAUGGCCGAGUCCACUAUUUCUAAUAUUGCCCGGACUCGAGCGGUAAUUGUUCAAGUUUGGCAGGCUCGGGACCAGGAUCUACUUAAAGCACCACAGAUAAAGGGACUGAACGACUGGGAGUGGUAUGUGGUACCAGUUAGUGAUGCUAUGAGUCUGGCCUGA